UCAAUCACCAGACUUUUCCACUUUCUCCCCAAUCAAUUUUUCAUGGGACCUGCACACGCUCACCGGAAAUCCAGCAGUGGGUUGGUUUUAAUUGGGUUAGCUGUUAUCAGCGAGGUAUCCUCGUAGCUUCGAGGGGUUCCACUUGCUCAGUCGUGUUCGAUGAAUCCUGGCGAAAUGCAGCCUUUGGCUUGCCUUCUGCUCCUGGCUGGACUGCAGCUCUCUAUCCUGGUUCCCACUGAGGCCAAUGACUUUUCGUCCUUCCUGAGCGCCAAUGCGUCGCUGGCCGUUGUGGUGGAUCACGAGUAUAUGACCGUUCAUGGCGAGAACAUAUUGGCUCAUUUUGAGAAAAUCCUGAGCGACGUAAUACGGGAGAACCUCAGGAAUGGAGGCAUAAACGUGAAAUAUUUCAGCUGGAAUGCAGUGCGGUUGAAGAAGGAUUUUUUGGCUGCCAUAACUGUUACGGAUUGCGAUAAUACUUGGAACUUUUACAAGAGUACUCAGGAAACUUCGAUUCUACUGAUCGCCAUUACGGAUUCCGACUGUCCUAGGCUGCCCCUAAAUAGAGCUCUAAUGGUACCCAUCGUUGAGAACGGCGAUGAAUUUCCUCAACUUAUUCUGGAUGCCAAGGUCCAGCAGAUUCUAAAUUGGAAGACCGCCGUGGUUUUUGUGGAUCAAACCAUAUUGGAGGAGAACGCACUUCUGGUAAAAUCGAUUGUGCACGAAAGUAUAACCAACCACAUCACCCCCAUAUCCCUGAUCCUCUACGAGAUCAACGACACCCUGAGGGGCCAACAGAAGCGAGUUGCUCUGCGCCAAGCUCUGUCCCAAUUCGCUCCCAACAAGCACGAGGAGAUGCGCCAGCAGUUCCUGGUCAUAUCCGCCUUUCACGAGGACAUCAUCGAAAUAGCCGAGACCCUGAACAUGUUUCACGUGGGCAAUCAGUGGAUGAUUUUCGUGCUGGACAUGGUGGCUCGGGACUUCGAUGCCGGCACUGUGACCAUAAACCUAGAUGAGGGAGCCAACAUAGCCUUCGCCCUCAACGAAACGGAACCCAACUGCCAGGACUCGCUGAACUGCACGAUCUCGGAAAUUAGUCUCGCUUUGGUCGACGCUAUUUCCAAAAUUACCGUCGAGGAGGAGUCCAUAUAUGGUGAGAUCUCCGAUGAGGAAUGGGAGGCCAUCCGCUUUACCAAGCAGGAAAAGCAGUCCGAGAUUUUAGGGUACAUGAAGGAAUUUCUGAAGACCAAUGCCAAGUGCUCCAGCUGCGCGAGAUGGCGUGUGGAGACGGCCAUUACCUGGGGAAAAAGCCAGGAGAAUCGCAAGUUUCGCUCAACUCCCCAACGCGACGCUAAGAACCGAAACUUCGAGUUCAUCAACAUUGGCUAUUGGACACCUGUGCUGGGAUUCGUCUGCCAGGAGCUGGCCUUCCCGCACAUCGAGCACCACUUCCGCAACAUAACCAUGGACAUUCUGACCGUGCACAAUCCACCCUGGCAAAUCCUUACCAAAAACAGCAAUGGGGACAUCGUGGAGCACAAGGGCAUAGUUAUGGAGAUCGUCAAGGAGCUGAGUCGCGCCCUGAACUUCAGCUACUACCUUCACGAAGCCUCCUCAUGGAAGGAAGAAGAUUCACUCAGCACAUCAGCGGGCGGCAAUGAAAGCGACGAGCUGGUUGGUUCCAUGACCUUUCGUAUACCCUAUCGCGUGGUGGAGAUGGUGCAGGGUAAUCAGUUUUUCAUCGCCGCCGUGGCAGCCACCUUGGAUGAUCCCGACCAGAAGCCCUUUAACUAUACCCAGCCCAUUAGUGUACAGAAGUACUCCUUCAUCACCCGCAAGCCGGAUGAGGUGUCCCGCAUCUACUUGUUCACGGCUCCCUUCACCGUGGAGACUUGGUUCUGCCUAAUGGGCAUCAUUCUGCUGACUGCUCCCACGCUGUAUGCCAUUAAUCGCCUCGCUCCUCUGAAAGAGAUGCGCAUCGUGGGCCUGUCCACAGUUAAGAGCUGUUUUUGGUACAUAUUCGGAGCUUUGUUACAACAGGGAGGCAUGUACUUGCCCACAGCAGACAGUGGGCGCCUAGUGGUCGGCUUUUGGUGGAUCGUGGUUAUCGUGCUGGUGACCACCUAUUGCGGCAACCUUGUGGCCUUCCUCACGUUCCCCAAAUUUCAACCGGGCGUGGACUAUUUGAACCAGCUGGAGGACCACAAGGACAUUGUACAGUAUGGAUUGCGGAACGGCACCUUCUUCGAGCGGUAUGUUCAGUCGACAACGCGGGAGGACUUCAAACACUACCUGGAACGGGCGAAGAUCUACGGCAGCGCCCAAGAGGAGGACAUCGAGGCGGUGAAGCGCGGCGAGCGCAUCAACAUCGAUUGGCGGAUCAAUCUGCAGUUGAUUGUGCAGCGGCACUUCGAGCGGGACAAGGAGUGCCGCUUUGCUUUGGGCAGGGAGAGCUUCGUGGACGAGCAGAUUGCCAUGAUUGUGCCGGCCCAGAGUGCGUAUCUGCACCUGGUAAACCGCCACAUCAAGAGCAUGUUCCGGAUGGGCUUCAUCGAGCGCUGGCACCAGAUGAACUUGCCCAGCGCGGGCAAGUGCAACGGGAAGAGCGCCCAGCGCCAGGUUACCAACCACAAGGUGAACAUGGACGACAUGCAAGGGUGCUUCCUGGUCCUGCUCUUGGGCUUCACAUUCGCUCUUUUAAUAGUGUGUGGCGAGUUCUGGUAUCGUCGCUUUCGGGCCAGUCGAAAACGACGUCAGUUCACCAACUGACGUCUGGCGAAUCCUAAAAGCUCUUGUCUUGGAAUAGUGUAAUGAAUGAGCAGUAACUGGCAUGUAUAACGC